UGUACUUCGGUCUCCAUAAUGAACAACUUUCUGGUUUGUUUUGUCACUUUGGCGACUUUUUGUAACUGUGUUCAAUUUCCUUCUAGUUUCAAAAAAUGCGACAAAAGACGAAGUGAUUUCAACCAGUGCUUAAGUGAUGUUGUUUAUGAAGGGUUUAAAGUACUCGACAAACCUCUGAAAUCCCAUGGUUUACCAAGUCUGCACGACAUUGAAUAUCCGCCAGACGUUAUUAUAGAAAUAGGAAAUAGUACCUACGGACUAGAACAAAAGUUUAGUAAACUCAGGAUAAUUGGUCUCUCUAAACCCGAAAGUGUAACAGCUAGGUUAGAAUUUGGGCCUGUAGUCAGUACUCUAACAAUAGAAGCGUCUUACAUUGAAAUUAUCUGGCAAAUGAAAUAUGACGCUCAAGGUACCACCGUUCUUCUGCCUUUAAAAGUCCAAACAUCUCUGGAUUUGAUAUUACGCAACCCAACUUUAACUUUCACAAUUGAACUCGAAGAAUACGAAAAAGGUGCUACCUACUUUAAAGUGAUCCAUUCUGAUUUCGAUAUGCACACAGACGACUUUACGCCUCGUUUUGAGCAGUUGUUCUCCGACAAACUCCUUAAUGAUGAAUUUAAUUCCGCACUGAACGAAAAAGGAGUGCAGGUUUUCAACAUUCAUAAACACCUACAAGUGAAUAUGGCACCGUAUUUUGGGUCUAUUUUUAAUAGUUUCUUCGAGAAAGUACCAGUCGCUGAACUUUUUGUAGAUUAGACGUUUGCUUCAAACACAGCAUAUUAACUGUUAAUUUGAACUAUGUUAUGUUUUAAUAUCUAAAAAUAAAAAAAGGAUUUGGAUUGCUUUAGUUAA